AUGGUCCUGCCCAAUGCCACAGCCGUGACGCCCUUUCUGAACCAGCUGUGGCAGGAGAUGGCGCAACGGGGCAGCAAUGCAUCGGAGCUGGCCCGCCGGUCCCCCCGCGAUGGUGACAGCGAGCUGGCUGUGCUUUACAUCCUCCUGGUGCUCGGCUUCUUCGGUUUCUUCACUCUGGGCAUCAUGCUGAGCUACAUCCGCUCCAAGAAGCUGGAGCACUCGCAUGACCCGUUCAACGUCUACAUUGAGUCGGAUGCCUGGCAGGAGAAGGGCAAGGCGUACUUGCAGGCCCGGGUCCUGGAGAGCUACAGAGCAUGCUAUGUCAUCGAAAACCAGCUGGCUGUGGAACAACCCACCGCACACCUUCCCGAGCUGCAGCACUUGUCAUGAAGCCACAGCCGUUAAACCCAGACGCCUGACCUUCUGACUUCUCGAAUGCCCUGCCUCUCACUCUUCAUCACAUGGCUACCAUCGGCCUUUGCAUUUGGCUAUUGUAAGGGGUGGGGGGUGGAUGAAUGUCACUAUGUUUCUAACAUCAUAUUCCUUCUAUAACAGACUGUCAGUUGUUCCCCAAUAUCAGUUCCUGCCUUGUUAAAUUUAGCAGAACCCCUGAGAACUUAGCCUCUGAGAAUGAGAGCCGCAUUUCCCAGACUUCCUUGCAGCUAGCAAGGUCACUUUCCCUGUUCCCUUUCCUGGUGGCUGGGACACGGAUGAGGUGGUGAGAAGCUUUGACUCCAGGAAAGAACAGUGCACUCACAGAAGGCAGAACAACAGGGGCCCCUGAGCAGCGUCACGUAGAAGGGUCUCACUGCCUUCCUGAACCACCCACCAGCUCAGACUUAUAGGGGACAGAACUUAACUCCACUCUUCCUUAAGCCACUGUUAUUUUGAUCUCUGUUGAAGCAGCAGAACCAAUAACCUUACUAAUACACCUAUGUAUGGGAUGGCACACAAAUGCGUGAUGUUCCCCACGUGUGUCACUAACAGUGCGCUGCUGAUCCUGUCUCAUCUAUGCUCUCCCCUGUGGCUCUGUCCUCGUCCUGUCCUUCCAAGCCCCACUCCUGCCUUGCACCUGCCCUUCACACAUCUCCCCCCCA